AUGACAACAAUUGUAAAAAUUUCUGAUAAAUCUCAAGAAGCGAGCUAUGUAGUAGCAGAGUUUGUGGCUAAAACAAGGAAACCACAUACAAUAUGUGAACAGUUAAUUUUACCCGCUUGCCGUGAAAUUGUAAAAAUAUUUUUUGGAAUAGAAGCUGAACAAGAAAUAUUGAAAAUUCCUUUAUCUGAUAAUACAAUAAGUAGGCGCAUAAAUGACAUGUCCGAAGAUAUUGAGCAGCAAGUAUUAAAUAAGUUACGUGAUUCUCGUAUGUAUGCGCUGCAAGUAGACGAAUCUACAGAUAUAAGUGGAAAAGCACAGCUUUUAGUUUUUGUACGCAUUGUAGUUGAUGACGAUAUUAUUGAAAACUUUUUUUGUUGUAAAACAUUGCCCGAAACAACGAGAGGUGAAGAUGUUUUUAAAGUUUUGGACGCUCAUUUAUUAUCAGUAAAUUUAUCGUGGGACAAUUGUAUUGGAAUAUGCACUGAUGGUGCACCUUCAAUGACUGGCUCAAUUAAAGGUUUCAUUUCUUUAGUAAAAAAAAAAAAUUCAAAAAUUAUUUUUACCCAUUGCUUCCUUCAUAGAGAGGCCUUAGUGGCAAAAUCCUUAGCAAGUGAUUUACAAAAUAUUCUUGAUCAAGUUGUAAAAGUUAUAAAUUUUAUUAAGAGCCGACCUCUUAAAUCAAGACUAUUCGAAAAAAUUUGUGAAGAGAUGGAUGCAGACUAUUCAAGAUUGAUUUUAUACAGUGCAGUAAGAUGGCUUUCAAGGGGCAAUAUUUUAUCACGAUUUUACAAUUUGAGAGAGGAGUUACUUGUAUUUUUAACUAUGGAAGAAACUGAAUUCAACUUUCUUGGGGAUGAGGAGUGGUGGACAAAGUUAUCUUUCUUAACUGAUUUGUUUGAGCAUCUCAAUAAACUAAAUUCAAGUAUGCAAGGUCGUGAUGAAAAUAUACUAACAUCGUCGGACAAAAUUAUGGCUUUCAUCAAAAAAUUGAAUUUAUGGAAAACUAAAAUUAAUCAAGGUAAUUUAAUCAUGUUUCCACGUACUGCUUUACUAGUUGCGGAUGACAACAUUUUGUCAUUAAUAGUCGAGUCUAUCACAUUGUUAGAAGUAAAAAUGAAUUUUUCCAAUGACUUGGUUGAUUUAAAACUUGUUGAAGAAGAAAAUCUCUGUUCAAUUAAAAAUGAUCGAACAUUGCAGUUGAAAUUCAAAGAGAUCACUCUCAAUAAAUUCUGGAUAUGUGUUUCUAAAGAAUAUCCAGAGAUAUCUAUAAAAGCACUGACUAUUCUUUUGCCGUUCUCAACCUCAUAUCUUUGUGAACAAGGUGCCGUCAUGUUUCUCAAAGAUUUUUGUGUUCAUGUUGCAAGUUUAGAGCAAGUGUGCACUGCAUUCUUACGAGAACACUGUGACAAGCAUACUCUUUCACCUAUUAUUAAUAGGGAAUGUGAAGGUGGUUCCGUCAUGCACUCAGAUGAAUGUCCCUCUUACCGAUGUUUAACAGCAGAAGGGUUCAUUCGUGAAACUGUUAACCAUCAAGAAAAUAUGUUGACCCUUUAA